AUGUCGCAAUUUAACGUCUCUAAAAUUUAUUUCGCUACAAUCAAGCAAGUGAAAAGUCUCCUUAAGCUCGUCAGCGAAGGCGUAGUGUCGACGACCAAGCCCGUUCCUUAUCGUGGAGGCGGCUCCAACUUUCUUUACCACCGUCGACCAAGUCGUAAGGAAGUUGCAGAAGGCGUCGCCACCAUGUUGGAAAGCCGAAGUUAUGUGGCUGACCUUACGCAGCUGAAGUCGAACUUGCAGAGACCAUCGCUGCCUCACCUCCGGCGCGUUCACCCGUUUCCGUUGGCCUCUGUGCCCUCAUGUCUUCCCUUCUCUGCGCCCGUCUCCGUGGCUGCCACCUCUGUCCCUCUUACUGAUGAUCUCGCCGGCUCGUUGAUCCUGGAGGCCGCCCCUAAGUUCUUCACUACGAUUGGCCAGGUGAUUAAGAAGCUCAUCCGCAAUGCCUUGGCCAGGAUGGAGAACUGCGGUCAUGUGGCCGAAUUAAAGGAACUGAAAAAACAAGUCCAAGAUACGGUCGAUGCGGCCAAACUCGGUUCGUCUGCACUCGCUGCUUCGCCCGUCCCUGUGGUUGUUGCCUCUGUCCCACCCUCUGCGCCCAGUCCCGUGGGUGCUUCCUCUGGUUCCUUUUCCAUGCCCGUUCCUGUGGCUGAUUUCUCAUCCUUCGCUGUUCUCUCCUCUCUGCCCGCUUCCGUUGCUUUAGGACAGCAUAUUGUCGUAGCAUAUAUUGAUGAUAUCACAGUGAACAUCUCCAACACCUUCAAGCCGUCUGCCUCAGACUUAAAAAAGAACAUGAAUUCUUCUGGUCUUGGAAAACUCAAUGUUGUAGUUUUGGCUACGGAAAGUGUCACUGGCUGA